CCCCGAGGCAAACGGCGCCUUUGCUGCCAGCCGCCGCAGUGAGGCUCGCUCGCUCUCUCGUUCUCCGGCGCUCGCUCGCUCGCUCCGCUCCCCUCCGCUGCAGCGACCAACGAGGCGACCCAACGAUGCUGCGGCUCUCCCGUUUCCUCCCUUCCGCCUCCAGGAGAGGUUUAGAUCUAAAGGAUGCUCUUUGGAGUGGUUCAUUGACAUUCCAACAAGCUGUUUCAACUUCAGCAGCAAAUCUUGAUGAGAACUCAUCUGGUAAAAAGUUCGCAAGUUAUACUGUGUUCAAGGGAAAGGCUGCACUUUCUGUACAUCCUAUACUGCCAAGUUUCAGCAAAGUGGAAUCUGGAGGAUCUCGAGUGAACAGAAAUGGAUCAGUAAUGUUGACUUUCUUUCCUGCCGUUGGACAAAGGAAGUAUGACUAUACAAAGAAACAGCUGUUCGCUCUGUCUCCUACUGAAGUUGGAAGCUUGAUAAGUCUUGGGCCUGCUGAAUCCUGUGAAUUUUUCCAUGAUCCAUCCAUGAAAUCAAGUCAUGAAGGACAGGUGAAAAAAUCUCUGUCAAUUACUCCGCUUGGCAGUGACAGUGGAUACUUUGUUAAUAUAACCGUUCUGAACAACGUGGAGAAAACAACUGAUCGCCUUUCAGUCCCUAUCACAAAAGGCGAGUUUGCAGUGAUGCGCACAGCAUUGAGCUUUGCGUUGCCACACAUCAUGGGCUGGGAUCAGGUCUUAACUAAUCACCAUACAACAGCUCCCCCAGUUAGCAAGCCCAGGGUGGAGCGUCCACACCCAGAUUCCGAAUGGGAAAAGUGAAUAUUCCUUGUAGCAACUUAUGGAGGAUUUUUGGGCAUUACUACGAAGUUGCUGCUGCAAAGUAUGGAAAAUUGCUCCUUCCUGAUCAAAUUCGGACCCUGUCUGUAUUCGAUUCUGGAACUGAAGAUUGAAGGACAGACGAGAGGCACCUUGAACCAUUGUGUCUGUUCAGUCAUGUAUAACUUCGCCAUGCCUACUAAAUGCGAAUUUCUAGUCAGACUGUUGGGACUAUGGUUACUUGCAUUUGAUGUCUGUUCUUGGUAUUUGUCAAUUUAGUAGUAUGUUCGCUGCGAACAGAUGAACUUUAUUUGUUGCCAUUUGGUCA